UCAGAUUAACUCUUUGAUAACCGAACGAUGUCUGCGAGCGCAUUACUUUGCUCUUGCAACACUCGGCCAUUCCAAGCUGCAGCAACCCCGCCCUUGUUGCCCAAAAGAGUAAAAUGCCAUACCAUAGUGAGAUGCAGUCAUCUCGAUGAGCAACAGCUGGCUAGCAGGAGGGGCACUAUGCAGGGACUGCUGGCUGCAGCAGCAGGGCUUAUCACAUCUCCCUUGCUUCCAGAGCGUGCUUGGGCGCUGCCAGCCAGCAAAGCGCAGGCAGCUGACGUUGGCACGUAUCUCCCACCAGCAGGCGUGGAGGACUUUGUGCAGUUUGUUGUCUCGAAGGACAAAACUCCUGCCAUCAGGGCUGGAACAAUAGAUGCCACUAAGGAACCUUAUCGAUUUGCAUUGCCGCCAACAUGGCACGAGGGGAAGGUUGCCAACAUUCAAUCCGGCAACUUCUGUCAGCUUCUGGUGGCCCCCCUGAGGCGACUGGGGGUAAAUAAGCCGGUCUCAAUCGAGAAGGUUGGAUCAAUUGACAGCGUCCUCAGCUCCAUAGGACCCUUCAUCUCAGGCACUGGUAUUGACGAGGAAGAUGUUGUAUCAAUGGAGCAAAAGGUCAUCGAUGGCAAAACGUACUACUUCUAUGAGACCUAUGCUCCAAGCGGCACCAACCCCCCUCACAGCGUCACAUGUGUGACUGCAAAGGGGGAUCUGGCAUAUCUGUUCAUUACGGCAGCAACUGAUAAGCAGUGGAGCAAGUCAGCCGGCAAAUUGAAAAAGAUGGUAGAGACCUUCAGAGCCUGA